CCUCUGCAAUCGCUCCUGUCAAUACGUCCGCUUUUCACUCCUGUCAAUAACUAUAACGUAUUUUUAAAAUGCCGCCGUUCGUCGUGCUCCUGUCGGUUCUUCUUCUCCAUCUUCAGUGUAUCUCCGCAUUCAUUAACAUGGCCGAUGUUGAUUGCGGCAUUGCCGGAAAAAGCCGCACAGCGAAGAUUGUCAACGGCGAGGAGACUAUCGAAGGAGAAUUUCCGUGGAUGGUCUCCUUAGUGGGACUACGUGGCGAGCACCUCUGCGGAGGGGUGUUAAUCCACAAGAAAUGGGUGUUGACAGCUGCCCAUUGCAUCAGGAAAGAAGUUACCCAAUUUCAAGUCAGCGUCGCUUGGAAUCGUGGCGCCCAUGACAAUAGUUUGACGGACAAAGCGCAAAUGUACCGAAUCAAUCGAAUCGUCAACCAUCCUUCUUACGAUCCGUCCAAGAGCAAAGUAGCAGACGACAUCGCUUUGAUCAAUUUAGCACAAGAAGUCGCUUGGAAUGAUUUAGUAAAGCCGAUUUGUUUGCCGGAUCCGGACAAGAAUUCUUACACUGGCGCAGUGGCCACCGUUGCCGGAUGGGGUCAUGACAAAAGCGGUGGUCGUCACGCUACCAAAUUAAGGAAAGUAGACGUUCCCGUUUUGGCCAAUGAAAAGUGCAAGCAGUGGCUGGAAGAAGGCAAAAAGGUGUUGGCCAUUUCGGAAACGUCCAUGUGCGCUGGCUACGAAGAAGGCGGCAAAGACUCUUGCAAUGGAGAUAGCGGUGGACCACUGAUGGUUCAAAACAAGAGCCAUCACGUGGCAAUAGGCGUGGUCAGUGGAGGCAUAGGUUGUGCUCUUCCUCGUCUCCCUGGUAUUUACACGCGCGUUAAUAAUUACCUGGAAUGGAUUUCCAAAAUUGUUCUGGCGCCGUCACCCGAUGCCAUCUGAAAGUCUGAUCUCAAUCGCAACUCAUUUAGAAAGGUUCUUUGUGUAAGGCUAAUGUAUUCGAGUAAUAAACAUAUUGUAUUUUU